AUGUUUCGACAUUUGGGCGGACUUCUGCUUAUUUUCACCAUAUCAACUUUUACACUGAUCUUUACAUGGAGCUUAAGACCUGAACUUCUCAUUUCUACAGCUCACAGCAAGCCUAGCUGGUAUUUUCCACGAACUAUCACCGAUUUAAAUGUUCUUGUAGAUUAUUUUAGUAAGUACAGAGAGAAACAUUCCAUCUAUCUUUUGCUAUUAUUCAGCCUUGCCUACCUGUACAAACAGUCGUUUGCUAUUCCUGGAUCUUUUGCCAUGAACGUAUUGGCAGGAGCGUUGUUUGGUUAUUGGAAAGCAUUACUUUUGGUAUGCCCAUUGACUGCUAUAGGUGCCUCAUGUUGCUAUCUAUUGAGCUUAUGGUUCGCAAAACCGGUUAUCGAAUAUUUUUUCAGUAAUCAGUUACAGCGGCUCAGAUAUGAAGUUGCUGAGAAUCGCUGUAGACUGUUCAGCUUUUUAUUAUGUGCUCGAUUAUUUCCACUCACACCGCACUGGUUGUUAAAUGUUUGCUUACCACUUGUAAAUAUCCCAUUGAGCAACUUCGCUUUAUCUAUUUUGAUUGGAUUAAUUCCAUAUAACCUGCUAUGUGUGCAAGCUGGAAGCGUCCUCAGUAAUUUGAAAGACUUUUCUGAAGUAUUCAAUUUGACAACCACUAUGCAGCUUACUGUACUGGCAGUAAUUGUAUUUUUGUUCGGCAAAAUUAAAAAGAGAACUUGUUGUGCAAUAAGAAAAGUGUAA